AUGGGCAAGCCAGGCCAGGCACCGUCCAAGUGCGUGCAUCCAAGGCACGGGGUUGGUCGCCGACGGGGCAUCAAAAGGACGCACAUGAUGGGGCCUCGCCGUGGAUUACUGCCAUGGCCUGGGGAACGGCCAGAUGGGACGGGCAUGCCACCAGUUGUCGAGCAGCCCGUCCAGCGCCACCCCCCUCCUCCCGCGUUCGACGGACAGGCACCGUACGAGCGCUCGCACACAAAGCACACACAGUCCGGCGAAUGGAGAAGGCGUCACAGCCAAUACUUGGCCCUUGGCAGCGUGGGAGCUAAUAGGCGGCGCUUCUCGCUGGACCCAACCGAGUGCGGUGCGCCUGUGCUUGGGACAGUGCAGAAGCGUGUGCGUGCAUGCGCGCGAAGGCGCAAGUCGCUCGCCCGUGGCUCAGCUUGCCCCAUCAACAGCGUCAUCACGGAGCAGAGGCGUCUUGGGCUUGGGCGCAACAUCGAGUCUGAACUGCUCGCACCGAAAGAAAGCUGGCAGCGGCAAGUUCUGGCGAGAUUUGAGCGCCAGUGUCGUUUCGCAACGAGCACGAUUCGCCCCGGGGUGGAGAUGGGUGUGACCGCAGUAAGCGGUGUUGCCGCGGCUCCGCUCUCUCGGUUACCACAGACUACUGAGGACCGCCUGGCCCGUCUUCUAGCGUUCUUUUCGUUCGACUCGAGAGCGCCGGGGAGCGAUUGGGAUGAUGCCGCCGCUAUGUGUUCCUGCUUUGCGCAAGUGCUCGUACAGUCAGCCCACGCACCAGGAAUGACCGAAUGCUUUGGCAUCCGUAAUGCUAAAGUUGGCAUGGACGCCGUAGUGCCAACAGCGUCAGGAAAGAACGGUCCCGAGCCCGUUCGAACAUCGCCGUGGGCUCCUUCCCACCCCAACAGGCCAACAGAGGACGAAGUUUUUUCCACUCUGAUCCAGUCUUGCCUCCGGGACCAGGCCGACAAGGGAUCGGGUUGGAUACGCUCCAUAGGUAGGCCUGUCGCUGCUGCGCCCAUCUCAAUCCCUUCCCACGGAGCGCUGUUCCACCUUUGCGCCCAACCGAUCCGGGUGCCAUCCCAAGGGGUGCCACCCUCCCAAAGGCGAGCCGCGGCCGCCAUCGUCGCCAAGUCUCCAUUCCAACCAGCACGACCCGUUCUCGAGACCCUGAUGCGGAAACGCGCGGCGUCCGCCUACGCCUGCAUGGCCAAUCCACCAGCUCCAGGCGCCACCAAUUAUCACAGGGCUUUCCCCGUCUAUCCCGCCAGUCGCCGGCCACAAAUGCGAGCAGCUAUCCGCGUGCACGCGGCCUACACCCGAUCCAAAGGGCACAUAUGGCCGUCACCUGUGCUUGCAGCAUCCAAGCAGAUCGGUCCAUGGACGACUAUGUCCGAGAAAUCGGCGGAAUAG